UAUACUCCUUUUAUGAAUGCCUGGUAACUGUUUCAAAUUGGGAUUUUUCUCACGAGAUAGAAGACUAUUUUAAAUUCUUAAAGCUGCAAUGAAAAUUAAUAUAACCCAUUGGAAGGAAAUUUGGUAAAUACUUAUUAAAAUUAAAAAUGAGAAUGUCUCAGGGCACCUGGGUGGCUCAGUCAGUUAAGCAUCUGACUCUUGGUUUCAGCUCAGCUCAUGAUCUCACGGUUUGUGAGUUCAAGCCCCACAUCAGGCUCUAUGCUAUCAGUGUGGAGCCUGCUUGGGAUUCUCUCUCUCUUUCUCUCUCUCUCUCUCCCUCUUGAUCUGCCCCUUCCCUAGUCAUGUGCUCUUUCUCUCUCUCAAAAUAAAUAAACUUAAAAAAUAAUAAACUUAAAAAAUUAAAAAAAAUGAGAAUGUGUUUUUCAUCAGCAAUUUUGCAGCUAGGCAUCUAUCUUAUAGAAGUAUUCAUGCACAAAAAUAUACAAGUAUGGUCAUUUGUAAUUAUUUUUUAAAGAUUUUAUUUUUUUUUAAGUAAUCGCUUCACUCAGUGGGGAACUUGAACUUACAACCCCCAGGAUCAAGAGUCCAACUGAGCCAGAUGGGCACCCCUAAGCAUUGUUUUUAAUAGUGAAGAAUUGUAAACAAUUAAUGGCUCCCAGAAGUCUGUUUAAAUAAAGUUAUUUAUUUAAUAUAAAGGGAAUGUUAAAUUAAUUAAGAGAAAAAUGAAAUAGAGCUAUUGGGGUGUCUGGGUGGCUCAGUCAGUUGAGUGUCCGACUCUUGAUUUCGGCUCAGGUCAUGAUCCCAGGGUUGUGGGAUCAAGCCCCAUGUUGGGUUCCGUGCUGAGCGUGGAGCCUGCUUAAGAUACUCACUCUCUCUCUCUCUCUCUCUCUCUCUCUCUUUCUUUCUCUCUCUCUCUCUCCCUCCCUCUGCCCCUCUCCCCCACUCGUGUGCUCUCUCUCACUCGAAAAAAUAAAAAAGAGAAAUAGAGCUAUCUUCUUUAUAAACACAUAUCUCCAAGAUUUAUGAAUUAAAAGGUCACAGGCAAUAUACACAUAGACACUGAGUAUUUAAGAAUGGGGUAUUUGUGCAUCGGUAGAAAGUCUGAAAGAAUGCAUAGUGAACUGUUAGUAAUUAUUGACUCUAGGGAGACAGGUUAACUUUCUAUUACAUGUUCUUCUAUGUUGUACUUCUAUGUUUGUGAAAAAUUUUAAGAAUAGCAUAAUUUAAAGCUAUUAUAUAGAAACUUUGAAGGAAGAAAAAAAAAUAAAAUCAAUGCCCAUGUCAAUGCUGUGACUAUUCUGAAUAACUCAGUAUCUUUAAAUAAAAUAUUUCUGAUAUUCAUCUUGGCCCCAGUGUAUAAGUAUGGAGUAUUGCAAAUACAGAGAGAGUAAACCUGGCUACCUAUCUUAAAAGUCUGUUUAUGCUGCACAGUUGCAUGGGUUCAAAUCCCAGCUCUCCCGUAUCCUAGCUGUGGGACUCUAGACAAAUCAUUUAACUUCUCUGGGCCUUAGUCUCUGUCUAUAAAAUGAGAACAAUAAAAUUUUGUAGGGUUGCACGAGAAUCAAAUGGGUUACAUGAAGAGUCCUCAGAACAGUUCCUGGCUUAUAGUAAGUGCUCAGGAAAUGGAGAUUAUUACUGCUGAAGGAUCGGUAAUAGCAAACCCUUCACUGCUCAGUUAGGCCAGUGAUUGUGCUCGCUGUAAAUAUUUUAGAGUUUCUGCAGAUAGAAUUUAUAUAUAGAAAAUACAUUUGUCAUUGUUUUGUAGGUUUUUUUGUUUUUGUUUUUGAAGUUUGUUUUUGAGAGAGAGAGAGAGAGAGAGAGAGAGCGAGCACAUGAGUGCACAGGUAGAGAGGGAGAGAGAGAGAAUCCCAGGUAGGCUCUGUGCAAGCCUGACGCCAGGUUCCAUCUCAUGAACCAGAGAUCAUGACCCGAGCCCAAAUCAAGAGUUGACACUUAACCUAUUGAGCCACCCAGGUGCCCCCAUUAUUUUCUUGUUUGAAAUGAAUCUUUUAAACUAAUUAUUUUAAAAUUAAUGUUCAAUUUAUUUGUCAUAUACAUUUUAAAAUUUAAUUUUUUAAAAAGUUUUUUAUUUAUUUUUGAGAGAGAGAGAGUGACAGAGCAUGAGUGGGGGGAGGGCAGAGAGAGAGGGAGACACAGAAUCCGAAGCAGGCUCCAGGCUCUGAGCUGUCUGCACAGAGCCCGGUGCAGAGCUCCAACUCACAGACUUGGAGAUCGUGACCUAAGCCGAAGUUGGACACUUACCUGAUCCACCCAGUCGCCCCUCUUUCUCUCUCUCUCUUUUUAAUUUAGUUUUCUUAAGUCUUUAUGAAUCUCAACAUUCUGUUUAUAAAUCUAAUAAAUUUUAAUAAUCACUUUCAAGGGGGAACUUUAACAUUUGGUCAACUCAAAUUCAAUAGACCAAAUUUUGUCAAAGAAUCAGUCUCAUUUGUGAUUUAAAUUCCUUCAGACAUUGUAAACUACAGUAUUAAAUUUAAUAUAGAUUAAUUUCUUCUAUUGCCUGAACUGACCAACAAACCAACUACUUAUGGUACUAAGGUAUAGCAAAUUCAGUUUAUAAAUGUAACAUAUGCCCCCUUUUCCCCAUAGGCUGUGAUACAUUUAUUGCAGUUUAUCCAUACGUCAUGUGUGCUUCCCAAAUAAGUUGUAAAUCACUGGAAGUGAAGGUAGGGUCAGUUCCAUUUUGCUAAGUAGUGACUAACACACAGAGAACUUUGAAGUCCAAAAAGGAUUUGAAUUGGUGGAAACCAGAAAGGGUAUUCCAGACCUGGAGAAAUACCAGCAAAAGUAAUUGGUAGUAAUGGUGGUAUAAAGAUUUUGCUCAUAUUUUCCAAGUCUCACCCAUUAUAAAUAAAUACACACACACACACACACACACACACACACACACACACACCAGGGUAUACAAAAUGCAUGGGCAUUCCGAGUAGCUUGAUAACUUUUUUUGUUAUUGUUGAGGAUUUGAGAUCAAAAGAUAUGAAACUGUACUUUAUAUGAUCAAAUAGCUCACAAACAAGUCACUGUGCAGUGGCCAUCUUUGGAGUGCUUUUCAUUUCUCACAUCAUAUUUCAGGAUUUUUCAUUCUAGGAUAUGCUACCAGUGGGUGAAUAGACUUAUUUUCCUCCCGUACAAGCCAUCUCAACUGUCUUACCCCCCACCAGACAAAACAACUCACAUUCAUUUGUUCCAUUCAUCAAAUAUUUAUUGAGUGUCUACUAUAUGCUGACCAGUGUGGUAGAGGCCCUUGGGAUACUACAGGGAACAAAACAAAGAACUCUGCCCUUUAGGAUCUUACAUUCUAGAGGAGCUGACAGGCAUAAACAUGAAAGCAAAUUUUAUAGUAGUUUAAGAGGCACUAAAUGCUUUGGAAAAAAGAAAUGGAACAGCUGGGGAAGGGAGAUGGGGCCAAGCUAUUAACAUCUGGAAUUUAAAAAUGAAGCAAGGUACACACAAGGUACAUACAUUCUAUACUAAGAAUACUUUUAUGCGUCUUAUUUCUUCUUUGCCCUUUUUGGAUCAGGUGUCCAUUUCCUGCCUGGCAAUUUGUUUAGUAAUACCAUUUACUAACAUGUCUGUCGCUCUACCAGGUACCUUUCACGAUUAGCCCAUUUAACCUUCAUCAAACAUCAUCAUUCUCCUUUAUAAAAGAGGAAACUGAGGUGCAUAUCUUAAGGGACAUCAAGAGCGCCAAGCAGAGACAGAGGCUAACUGACUUAAAUACAGGUCAAAACAAGAUUGACAAACAUCCCUCCCUGAACUCCUUAAAGCCAUUGGGCCUGAGGUGUGCGCGGCCAAAAUGAGUGUGGGCCAGGGAGACAGACGCGACUUGUCAACCGGCCAGGGCCCAGGAGCUACACAACCCUCUGGAAGCCGCGGGCGGGUUGGACCUGGAGGCCCCGCACGCCGGGCCAGGGGUGGAGCCUGGACGGAAGGGGGCGGAUCUACCAUCUUUCAGUGAAAAAAGCCUCCUGGGGUGGUUUGUCCUAUGUUGCGGCCCGUAGCGUCCCUGAGGUGCCGCCCCUUCUCCGGGAGUGGUGGAUGUCUGAUCACGUGAUAAGUCCAGAGGCCGGAACUGGGCAGGUUGUGGGACGCUCAGGGUUUUGAUAAAAACAAACGGCGACGGCGCCGCCGCAGGGUCUAUGGCCGAGGCGGUAAGGCCCCAGCGCCGGGCCAAGGCCAAGGCCAGCCGGACAAAAAUCAAGGAAAAGAAAAAAUCUGAACCCCUUCAGAGGGAAGAAUCUGAUGAAGUCUCCCUUCCGAAAACCUCCAGAGAGCUGGAAAUUUCUGCUCCAGCUUGUGAAUUCAAAGGAGACUGUCUGAAGGUGUUAACUGAUUCUCAGCUCCAGAAUGCUGCCAGUGGACACAACGAGAGUGAAAUGUUUGAUGUACCACUCACCUCCUUAACUAUAAGCAAUGAAGGGUCCCUGACAUGGAACACAGAGACCUCAAAGGAAGGGGAGGAGGUCAGAGCCUGUGCUGGGGACGAUGCCGUGAAGCCCAAGGUCGACCCUGGAGACAGUGCCGGAAUCAAAGUAGAAACCCCCAAGAACUUUACAGAAGCAGAGGGAAAUACAUUGAUACAAUGUGGACCUUCUGAAAGCCCCUUGCAACCUGAUUUUUUUCAUACUCAGCAAGAAAUGGAAAAUUUACAGGUCAGAGAAACUCUGAAAAAGAAAGAAGACAAACAAGCCUUGGGUCUUUCUCCAGAGGUGCUACAAAAUGUUGGCUUGCAGAGUUCUUGUGAAGCCAAAGACAUUUUUCAGCCACCUAGAGUGAAAAGACUGUAUCCCCAGCUGCCAGCUGAAAUUGCUGGAGAAGUACCAGCUUUGGUGGCAGUGAAACCCUCGUUCCGCAGCGAGCGACUGUACCCCGAGCUCCCAUCCCAACCAGAACUGGUACCGUUUACUAAAGAACAGCUAAAAAUCUUUGAGCCUGGUUCGUGGCUGGAAAAUGUUGAGUCGUAUUUAGAAGAGUUUGACAGCAUGGCUCAUCAGGACAGGCAUGAAUUUUAUGAGUUGCUAUUGAACUACUCCCGAUGUAGGAAGCAGCUGCUGCUGGCUGAAGCUGAGCUCCUUGCUCUGACGUCUGAUUGCCAAAAUGCGAAAAGUCGACUAUGGCACUUUAAGGAGGAACAGUUGUCUGUGCAGGGUAUCUGUGCAGAUCAAGUGAAAGUUUCUGGCUAUCAUCGCUACCAAAGAGUAGAGAUGAAUGAAAAUGCACUGGGGGAGCUAAAGAAGCUAUUUGAUGCCAAAUCUGAGCACCUCCACCAGACCCUCGCUCUGCAUUCGUAUACCUCUGUGCUCUCAAAGUUGCAAGUGGAGUCUUACAUUUAUGCCUUACUCAAUAGUUCAGCUGUUCUGAGAUCUUUAGCAGUUCAAGGCCGAGCUGGCAAACAGACUGAAAGCUUUCCCUCUGAUCUGUGUCAACUAAAGGAGUGCAUUAGUGUGUUAUUCAUGUUCACCAGGAGGGUUAAUGAAGAUGCUCAGUUCCAUGACGAUAUUCUUCUCUGGCUGCAGAGAUUGGUAUCAGUGUUACAAAGAGUUGGCUGUCCUGGAGAUCACUUCUUCCUUUUAAACCAUAUUCUUCGAUGCCCGGCAGGUGUUAGUAAAUGGGCUGUUCCUUUCAUCCAGAUCAAAGUGUUGAAUAACCCGUCAGGGGUCUUUCAUUUUAUGCAGUCCCUUGCUCUGCUAAUGUCGCCUGUCAAAAAUCGAGCAGAGUUCCUGUGCCACAUGAAGCCCAGUGAGCCAAAGCCAUCCUCCUCGGGGCCUGCAUCUGGGACCUGGACACUAGUAGAUGAGGGAGGAGAAGAGGAUGAAGACCCUGAGACCAGUUGGCUGCUUCUUAAUGAAGAUGACUUGGUUAUCCUUUUAUCACAGUUUCCAUUUCAUGAGCUCUUUCAACAUCUUCUUGGGUUUAAAGCAAAAGGUGAUUAUUUACCUGAAACAACAAGACCUCAAGAGAUGAUGAAAAUGUUUGCGUUUGUUAACUCACUAGUGGAGCUUCUGGCUGUGGGGUUAGAAACGUUCAAUAGAGCGCGCUAUAGGCAGUUUGUGAAGCGGAUUGGUUACAUGAUCAGGAUGACCCUUGGUUAUGUGAGUGACCAUUGGGCACAGUUUGUGAGCCACAACCAAGGCUUGGGUUUGGCCCAGCAGCCCUACUCUGUGGAGAAACUACAGGUUGAAUUUGAUGAGCUAUUUUUGAGAGCUGUCCUCCAUGUGCUGAAAGCCAAAAGACUUGGCAUUUGGCUGUUUAUGUCAGAGAUGCCCUUUGGGACGCUGUCCAUCCAGAUGCUCUGGAAGCUCUUCUACCUCAUGCACCAGGUGGAGAGUGGGAAUCUGGAGAAGCUCUGCGUCAGUCUCCCGCCUGCGGAGUGCAAGAGGCAGCUCCAAGACCCAGAACAUUUUGUGAACUUUGAGAAGUGUCUUUCUUCCAUGAAUAGCUCAGAAGAGAUUUGCCUUCUAACGACAUUUGCUCAGAUGGCUCAGGCCAGAAGAACCAAUGUGGAUGAAGACUUCAUAAAAAUUAUUGUUCUGGAGAUAUAUGAGGUAUCUUAUGUCACCCUGUCCACCAGAGAGACUUUUUCAAAGGUUGGUCGAGAGCUCUUAGGGGCCAUCACAGCUGUUCACCCUGAGAUAAUUUCUGUCCUUUUGGAUAGAGUUCAAGACACCAUUGACCAGGUUGGAAUGGUUUCUUUAUACUUGUUUAAAGAACUGCCUCUGUAUCUCUGGCGACCUUCUGCCUCUGAGAUAGCCGUGAUUCGGGACUGGUUAUUGAAUUAUAACCUGACAAUGGUGAAGAAUAAGUUGGCCUGUGUUAUUCUAGAAGGACUGAAUUGGGGAUUUGGUGAACAGGGUACCCUUCAUCUGGAUCAAGCAGUCCAUGCUGAAGUGGCUUUAAUGAUUCUUGAAGCGUACCAGAAAUACCUUGCACAGAAGCCGUAUGCUGGGCUUCUUUCUGAAAGUAUGAAGCAGGUUUCAUAUUUGGCCAGUAUUGUUCGAUAUGGAGAGACACCUGAGACCUCAUUUAACCAGUGGGCCUGGAACUUGAUCUUGAGGUUAAAACUGCACAAAAAUGAUUAUGGAAUACAGCAGAAUUGUCCAACUGUUCCCUUCUCCAGCACUGUGCCUGACAUGACAGAGUCACCCACGUUUCAUCCUCUCUUGAAGGCUGUUAAGGCGGGCAUGCCCAUCGGCUGUUAUCUGGCCUUAGCUAUGACGGCUCUGGGCCACAGCAUUGAGAAGUUCUGUGCAGAAGGCAUCCCACUGUUGGGAAUUCUGGUCCAGUCGAGGCAUUUGCGAACAGUGGUUCAUGUCCUGGAUAAGAUCCUGCCUUUGUUCUACCCUUGCCAGUAUUACCUUCUGAAGAAUGAGCAGUUUCUGUCACACCUCCUUCUGUUCCUACACUUGGACAGUGGCGUCCCUCAGGGUGUCACACAGCAGGUCACCCACAAGGUGGCACAGCACCUGACAGGAGCCAGCCAUGGGGACAACGUGAAGCUUCUCAACAGCAUGAUCCAGGCCCAUGUAUCCGUAAGCACCCAGCCCAAUGAAGUGGGCCCCGUUGCCGUGUUGGAGUUCUGGGUUCAGGCUCUAAUAAGCCAGCAUGUUUGGUACCGAGAACAACCCAUCCUCUUUCUCAUGGACCACUUGUGUAAAACAGCGUUUCAGCUGAUGCAGGAAGACUGUGUGCAGAAGUUGCUCUACCAGCAACAUAAGAAUGCUUUGGGUUACCACUGUGACCGGAGUCUGCUCUCUUCUUUGGUGAGCUGGAUCGUGGCUGGCAACAUCACUCCUUCCUUCGUGGAGGGCUUGGCCACGCCUACUCAGGUCUGGUUUGCCUGGACAGUACUGAACAUGGAAUCCAUCUUUGAAGAAGACUCCCAGCUCCGAAGGGUCGUUGAAGGGGAAUUGGUUAUAAACACUGCUUUUACCCCUGACCAAGCUCUGAAGAAAGCCCAGGCCCAGCUGAAGCUCCCCAUCGUCCCGUCCCUCCAGAGGCUGCUGAUUUAUCGCUGGGCCCACCAGGCCCUUGUCACGCCUUCUGAUCACCCUCUCCUGCCUCUCAUCUGGCAGAAGUUCUUCCUCCUGUAUCUUCACCGCCCAGGACCUCAGUAUGGGUUACCCAUAGAUGGUUGUAUUGGAAAAAGGUUUUUUCAAAGCCCUGCUCAUACCAGUUUGUUGAGAGAAAUGAAGAGGCGCCUGACUGAGGUGGCCGACUUCCACCAUGCUGCGAGCAAGGCCCUCCGCGUUCCAGCAGAGGGCAGUGAAGGGCCGCCUGCUGGCCAGGCUGGCACCCCUGGUUACCUGACUUCCCCAGAGCUGCACACGGAGCUCGUGAGGCUCUUCAAUGUAUAUAUAUUAUGGCUAGAAGAUGAGAAUUUUCAAAAAGGAGAUACCUAUAUCCCUUCUCUACCAAAGCAUUAUGAUGUUCACAGGCUAGCAAAAGUGAUGCAGAACCAGCAGGAUCUGUGGAUGGAGUAUUUGAACAUGGAGCGCAUACGUUAUGAGUUCCAGGAGACUGUUGGUCUGUGGACACAGGCCACACUUGAGUCCCAUUCGCCGCCCUGCAGUUUGUCAGUGCAGCUGGACUUCACUGAUCCUUUGUUGGCUAAAGAAAGGGUUUUAAGCAACUUGCGGAAGCACGAGGCUCCCCAGCCUCCCCUUGAUCUGCACCCAGUGAGGCCUCCUGUGCCAGUCAUUUCCUCGGCUGUGCUCCUGAGUCAGAAGGACACCACCCAGCUGGUGCGCACAGACCUGAAUCUGUUGCAGCAGCAGGCCAGAACUGCAGCUCUUCGAGAAUCUCAGCAGGUUGCCCUGGAUAGUGAGCAGUUGGACACAAUGCCCAAGCAGUAUGUUAAUAGAGAAGAACAGACCACACUACAUUUGGAGUGUAGAGGCAGUAGUGGUAAGAAAUGCCAAGGAGCAGCAGUUGUAACAGUUCAGUUUGAAGGUAUGCAUAAAAAUGAAGCAGUAAGCCAACAGCUUCAUGUUUUGCGAAAAGAAGUGAAGCAGUUGCAAGCAGAAGCUGCUAAACCACCAUCACUUAAUGUUGUGGAAGCUGCUGUUCACGCGGAAAACUUGAUUACGGCCCUAGUGAAUGCCUACAAGUUGCAGCCUACCCCUGGGGUUCAGAAGGUUGGCAUUAGCCUCUUCUUUACUGUUGUGGAUUAUGUCAGUGAUGAGACUCAGCGCCAUCCUCCCACAAGGCAAUUCUUUACUUCAUGCAUUGAGAUCUUGGGACAGGUGUUUAUCAGUGGCACUAAGUCAGAAUGCAGAAAAGUACUUGAGACUAUUCUGAAGAAUAGAAGGUUGUGCUCUCUCCUGUCCCCUUUCUUCACUCCCAAUGCUGCACCUGCAGAGUUCAUUCAGCUCUAUGGGAAAGUGGUGAAGUUUCUAAGUGAGGACAACAGUGAUAUGAUUUUCAUGCUGCUGACCAAGUUCGAUCUUAAGCAAUGGUUAAACGCCACUAAACCUCCUCUGUCUGAUCGUACCAGGCUUCUGGAGUCCAUUCACUUGGCACUUACUGCCUGGGGCCUUGAACCAGAUGAAGAUAUUUUGAUGCCUUUUAAUCUUUUCUGUAAGCACUGGACUUACCUUCUUCUCUACCAGUUUCCUGACCAGUACAGUGACAUUCUCAGGCUGCUGAUGCAAAGCUCCGCGGAGCAGCUGCUGAGCCCGGAGUGUUGGAAAGCCACUCUGAGAGCCCUGGGCUGCUGUGCCCCAAACUGCCAGCAGGGGGCAGCUUCUGCCGAGAGCUCAGUGCUUCAAAGCUCUCCAGAUGUUCUCUUGUCCGAUAAGCAGGUAAUGGAGACGAUACAGUGGCUCUCAAAUUUUUUUUACAAGCUUCGCUUAUCCACAUUGGACUUUAAAAGCUUUGGUUUAUUCUCAAAAUGGAGUCCUUACAUGGCUGAUAUGAAGACACUCUUGGGCUAUCUUGUUAAAAGGCUGCUUGACUCAGAAAUGGCCUGCUUGGCUCAAGACCCAUCUGCCAGCAGCAAAGCAGUGCUGAGAUCCCUACAUUCAGUAAUCAUCCAGCUCUUUAAGCCAUGGAUCUUGGUUUUAGAGGACAAUGAAAGCAGCCAACGACAUUACCCCUGGCUGGAGAGUGAUGCUGUGGUGGCCUCGAGCAUCGUGCAGCUGUUCACUAACUGUGUUGAUUCAUUGCAUGAGAGUUUUAAAGAUAAGCUGUCGCCAGGUGAUGAUGGAGCCCUCAGGUUGCACCUGCUGCAUUACUGUGAAGCAUGCACAGCACCCAGAAUGCCGGAGUUCAUUCUGUACGCUUUCCAUAGUGCCUACCAGAAGCUCCCGUGGAGGGACCUGCACCCUGACCAGAUGCUCAUGGAGGCCUUCUUCAAAGUGGAACGAGGAAGCCCUAAGAGCUGCUUCUUAUUUUUGGGGUCUGUCCUGUGCGAAGUCAACUGGGUCAGUGUGCUCUCUGACGCCUGGAGCCCCAGUCCUCACCCAGAGACGCGGAGCAUGAUUGUCUGCCUCCUUUUCAUGAUGAUUUUAUUGGCAAAGGAAGAUCAGCUGGUAGACCAAGCAGAUUCACCUCUGCUGAAUCUCCUUGGACAAACAAGCUCACUUUCAUGGCAUCUUGUAGACGUCGUGUCAUACCAGAGUGUGCUAGGUUAUUUCAGCAGCCAUUACCAGCCAUCCGUCAUCCUGGCAAAGGAACCUUCUGCUGAAUUAAUCAUGAAGCUCCUGAGAGUGUCUGCAGGCCUUUCAGUUCCUACUGACGGCCAGAAACAUCUCGAUGCGGUUCCAAAAUGCCGAGCCUUCACUCAUCAGAUGGUUCAAUUCCUCAGCUCCCUGGAACAAAAUGGAAAAAUCACCUUAGCAGCCCUAGAAAAGGAGAUGUCUAAGCUCUUAGAUGAUAUCAUCGCCUUUAACCCACCUGACAUGGACAGCCAGACCCGCCACAUGGCGCUCAGCAGCCUCUUUAUGGAAGUCCUGAUGAUGAUGAACAACGCAACUAUUCCAACGGCAGAGUUCCUCCGGGGCAGUGUCCGCGCCUGGAUUGGGCAGAAAGUGCACGGGCUGGUGGUCCUGCCUCUCUUAACAGCAGCCUGUCAGAGCCUGGCUUCUGUCCGCCACAUGGCUGAGACGACGGAAGCCUGCAUCACUGCCUACUUCAACGAAGGCUCCCUCAGUCAGAAUUUAGGAUGGGGCCCCAUUCUGGUGUCCCUCCAAGUUCCGGAGCUCACCAUAGAAGAAUUUCUGCAGGAGUGCCUGUCCCUCGGCAGCUACCUGACUCUCUAUGUCUACUUGCUACAGUGUUUAAACAGCGAACAGACUUUAAGGAACGAAAUGAAAGUGCUUCUCACCCUGAGCAGGUGGUUGGAGCAGGUGUACCCCGGCUCCGUGCAGGAAGAGGCCAAGCUGUUUUUGUGGUGGCACCAAGUCCUGCAGCUGUCCCUGAUUCAGACGGAACAGAGUGACUCGGUCCUGAUAGAGUCUGUCGUUCGAAUUCUGCUCAUGCUUCAGAGCAGACAGAGCCAGCUGGCCGAGGAGAGGCUCAGCUCCGGGAUUCUGGGGGCAAUCGGGCUGGGCCGGAAGUCGCCCCUGUCCAACAGGUUCCGAGUGGUUGCUCGAGGCAUGGCCGCCUUCCUUUCGGUUCAGGUUCCUUCCGAGGAUCAGAUCCGUUUGAAGCCUGGCUCUGAAUUACAUCUGACCCCAAAAGCUCAGCAGGCUCUGAAUGCUCUUGAAUCCUUGACAUCAAGUAAGCAGUAUGUUGAAUACCAGGAUCAGGUAUCACAAGCUGCACAAUUUAUAAAGCAUCCUGGCCAUUGCCUCCAAGAUGGGAAAAGCUUCCUGGCUCUUCUUGUUAACUGUCUCUAUCCAGAAGUGCAUUAUUUGGACAACAUACGAUAGUAACACCGAGUCUCUCAAAAAAACCUGUUGCUGUUUAUGUUUACAUUUAACUUUGCUGUUGCACAAGUAACUUUGCUCAGUCUCACUGCAGAGCUCAGUUGGGCCAGUGAGUUCGUUGACUGAGAGGCAAGUCGGGAGGCACUAGAUAAUUCUGUUGUGCAUGCGCAUGUGUGUAUGUCUUUGUGUGUGUGUGUGUGUGUGUGUGUGUGUGUGUGUGUGUGUGUGUGUUUUCUUAGUUCUUGAAACUUCCCAGGGCCUUUGUAGUUUUUAUGUUCACCCCACUGGAGAAAAUGAGUCCCACUUGGGCACAGAGCCAUUCAGCUGCUGGAUCCCCAGUCACCUCACAGGACCCCCCCACGGGGCUCUGUUGUAUGUCGCCAUUUCUGUCUUCCCUGUUUUAUUUAAAUCUCAAGACUGCUGUGUCAGAUCUAACUGCUUUGGGAAUCAUGUAGAACCCUCAGUUUUGAACCUCAUUUGUGUUCUUUCAAAGUAAAACAAGCUUUGAAAACUUCUGCAUUUCUCAAAUGUGGGGAAAUACACCAGCUUCAAAGUAUUAUUUCCCUCAAAAUGGAGAUAAGAAUGCUGAAUUAAAGUGAGGCAUUGUCUGAAAUGUGGCCACUUGAUCCUUGAUUGUAGUGGAUGGCAGAGAUGGUGACAAGUCCAUUUCCAUCCAGCUGUGGUCCUCAUGAAGAAGGAGAUGUCCAUGUAAACCGAGGGGGCACACAGGUAGCAUAUGAUGAGCAGACUGUGUACAGACGUGUUUUGUUUGAUCCCCGUGGUGGAGAGUGUGGUCACUGUGGACAUAUGUGGACAUAGUGUCAGGCCUACCCCAGCCCAUUCCUGCAUUCACACCGCUUCCUCAGCCCCCGUGGACAUCAGAGUUUGCACCUCUUGUUAGACAGCAGGUUUGAAAUCUGAAGGCCUUGCUGUCUAGAGAGAGAGUCUGAGAACCUAAUGCUCUGUAUUCUGCUUGUUUCUUCAUUCCACAUUUAAGCUCAAAUGAAGUUAGACACUUGUCCGUGGAAACUUGACUUUUCCAGUAGCCAUGUGCCUUCUGUUGUUGUUCACCAUUCACUCGCUACCAGAGCCUGUCUGCUGCCUUGCUCUGUGGCCAGCUUCUUGCACUUGUCAUUUCCACCCCCGGCAUGAGCAGUUUGACUUCUGCCUUCCUAAUUCUCUUGGCUCGAAAUUGAUUUUGUUCACUCAGCUGGCAGAAUAUGUCUUCUGUUCAUGGAUUAAUUAUAACCCAAGGAUAUUUAUCUAACGGUGUCUGAACUGAGAGCCCUCAACAGGGGGAGCGGGAUAAAGGUUAACGGAGUGAUAACCUCUCUUCAGAUCUCCUCUUGGAGUGCUCCCCCCAACAUUUGGAAGUGUGCGGGAGCCUGUUCUCCCAUUUUGAACUUGUUUAGUUGCACAGAACACAUCUGCUCCACAGAUCAAGAUUAUCCCUGUGAGCCUCCAAGGUUGUAGACCACAAAGCAUCCCUCUCAGAGGGCACGUCACAGGGCUCUCCUUGGUUUUGCUUUUCUCCAUUUUCAAAAUCAGUCAGCCUCCCUGUGCUGUGUUAAGAAAAUGUCAUAAGCUGUGGGCAGUUCAGUGGCCGAUUUGGCAACAAAGAUUUCAUGACAGAAGUGUUUUGUGUGCUGUUUUCUGUGAGGAGGCUGUAAUUAUUGAUAUCCUAGAAUGUGAAAAUUUUGAGUGACAGUCUACAUUUUAAAGAAAAUUAUGAUUCGUCUAUUAAUUUUCAAAGGUUUGUAAUAUUUAUAAUGUAUUUGGUCUGUAAAAAUUAUAAAAAAUAAAAUCAGUCUUUGGUUGUAGCUGGCAAGAAUAUGAAUUUUAGGGGUAUUUCAGUUAAAGUUAAUGCAGAAUGUUAUGCCCAAUGUCCUCUGUUUUGAUACUGGAACUUGAUUAUCAGAGAUGGUUGGUGAAAUACUUCCUCUCUGACUACUUUGUGCUUAACGGUGGAGGCCUCACUCACCCCAUAGCCUCCUUGGAGCGUCUCGAGGCUGAGGAAGUGCUUUAAAGAUGCUGAGAUAGUUCAGAAGGGGGCAACACUGCUGUAGCCUUCUGGGGGCAGAAUAGAACAGCCAGCCCUUGGCUUUCAGGAAUGAUGAGCCUUUACUGCCCAAAACAGUCGGCCUCCGGAGAGCGCAGGGCCAGGUUCAGACACCCUUGCCUGCGGUGCCACAUGUGAUGCCUGGAUCAAGCCAGACCAAGGCCGCCCCGCGCCGAGCGGUGUUGGAGGCAAGCUAGCACCGACCUUCCCUGCCUGUGCCCGUUGGUGGCACCUGGCUCAGACAGGGACGUCGUGACAGGUGCCGCCCCUGCAUCUGUACUCAUCUCCCCACAGCUCACAGAGCUCGGGUCCAAGAGGCACGCUCGACCUCCCCCGUUUCCUGGCUCCUGCGCCCGACUGGAACAAGGGGACAGGGCAGAAAGCUGGAAGGCACAGGCCGAUGGGGAGGUUGUGCUGAUAUGUCCGCUCAGCCUGAUGGAGGAGCCAGGACCCACCCGGCGUGAUCCCAGAGCUCCUGGGCGCGCAGAGAACAUCAUGAUCAGUUUGGGGCUCAGUCACAUCUGCUCCCUGGGGUGGCCUGAGUCCCUCAUUCUGAGGCCGGGCGAGCCUCUCCAGAAAAUGAAAACCCCCCGAGUGGCCUCACUUCACCGUAACCAGCCCCAUUCCUCCCGCUCAGUUACUAAAAUCAGCACAUCCAGGGGGCACAAGGUAGGGUGUUCAGUUCAUGCCCUUUCUUUUGAAUGAAGGUGAUACACAGUUUUCUAUUGGGUUUUUAAUACUAAGAUUAAUGAUUUCCUCUGGAGCAGGGAGCAAAUGCUGUAGAAUCAUGACUUUUAAAGUUCAUCUGGUCCCACUUCUCACUCAGCAGGGACCCCCAGCCCUGCUCUUCCAGCCAACCCCCUGCCUCUCCUCCGCCCUGUCCUGUGGCCAGGAGUCCUGCCCCUUGUGGACAAGCCCAGGUGGGCAUUCGCUUUAUGUUGUGCCAGAACUGGCCUGAUGACAUUGGUCAUGGUUUGGCUGCAGCUGGCCAGGCUGGGGCUCCUCUGCUACUCUAACCGGUCUUCUAACAUUUUCAGACCUCAUCACCCCCCUGACCCCACCGGUCCACCUCUUAGUCUUCAUGCUAAAUGCUCAGUGCCUUUAGUUGGUCCUCUUCCCCCACGAUGUCUGACAGGGCUGCUCUUUGGGGAAAGUGCCCAAGUUAGCCCAUGUUACUCCAAAAGGGCCGUGUCCAUGAAUACCAGGGCCGGGGCUCAGGGACACAAACUUGAGGUGGCAGUCACCCGCAGGCACCAAGAGAGUAUGCUUCCUUCUGUUUUGUGCCCUUGGCCUGAUCUCUGUCCCGGGCUUUGUCACACCAGUGUGGGCCAAGCAGUGACGUUGACCCCCUGGGACAGGUGGAUGGCAUCGGCUCUCGGCGGCUGUGCCCUGUGGUUCGCACAUUCAGUUAGUGGCGAAUUCAAACUCCACACCUUGGUUUAACAUUAGUUGCUGCCCAAGAUCAGUCUCAUCGCCUGCCUGCAUGAGAAGCUAACAAAUAAGGCGCUUUGAACGUAUCCUUUAACACUGUCUGCUCUUCAGUCUGGACCAACUUCACGGCUUAUUUUGAAGUAGUAGCUGAAUUUUUUUCUGCUCAGUUAACUUUGUCUUAUUAAACAAAACGAGGAGUCUAAUGUUGGAAACAAACAUGUUGCUUUUUUUUUUUUUUUUUUUUUCAAGAGUAUCCUCAUACUGAUCUUCCGUUUGAAUCUGGGUUGAGCUGGAUAAAGUUCUUGGCUCACAGCCAGGCGCUCUUACAGACCUUGUCCUGGUCCUUGGUGAUCCCCACACAUUAUAGAACCAUCAAGUGUCCUGCAGAAGCUACAGCUGACACUUCUUCCAGUCUGGAUAGGUUCCUGAUUUUUGGUGACAAUAACUUGAAAAAAAUAAAAUUGAACUACUGACCCUGUUUGGGGAUAAUGAAAUCACUAAGGAAUGAAUGUUGUUUAUUAAAACUUUUAUUUUUUAAUGUACAGAUGUAAUAUCUCUCACUGAGCGCUGAAGGUUAGAAUUUAGUUUUCCUUCAGUGGCUUAAAAUCACUUACGUGGCAACAAGUACUUCCUGAGUGUGUUUAACUCUUUCCUUCCCACAUGUAUAGUGUGGCCUUUAACAACCACAUCUUAUCUGGUCAUUAAAUGUGCAAUAUUCAACUUCUUGUUCAUUGUUGAGCAUUUUACACGCUUGUACAAAGAUUGAGUUUUUAUAUAAUGAUGAGAAACAGAGAAAUGCGAAUGGGUUUAAGUAAAAUCCUGCAAAUAAACCAGAAUUAAAAUUGAAUUUACAUGUGGUGGACACGUCUCGUUUUUGGCAGAUUGGUUGGCAGGUCUUUUCAUCCAGAAGUCACACUAAGAAAAAUUUGGAAUCAGAGAACUUGUAAGGGGUAGAAUCUGUAUUUUGUGACAUGCCACCACAUGACACAAAGUUAAAUUCAAAGAGAAUUUAAGUCUUGGAGGUUUAAGAACAGGAGGCCACCUGGUGACCCCAGAGAAUUCAGGAGAGCCCUGAGGGUCUACGGUGUGGCUGUGACCUUAGGAGGAGGAGGGACACGAAGCUGCAUGAAGGCUCCACCACCAGACUUCCUGGGCGGGGCUGGGGCACCUUGGAGGUCGAGCUGCCAGGGGAGGGCAGUAUAACCUGAGCAUUGAAGCUCAGGGAGCUCUUUCUCUCGCUUUCCUUAGCAUUCAUGAGACACAUCUUGAACGGGCCAAAGUAUGGUGGGAGGGCCUGCACAUUUGAUUUGGGAUUGACAUCAGUUUGGAAUUUCUGUGGGACAGGGCCCCUUCCUCCCUUGUCUGGGUUUGGCUUCCUUUUUCCAGAUGGAGCCACAGGAUUUAGGGAUUGGGAAGUGGAUUAGAGGCAGGCUGUGCCACCUCCUAGUGUAGGAAUCGGUUUCCUGUCUCUGGACCAGUGGGCUUUCUUGCUGGGACACACCCACAGAAAUGCAGCGGGGAAAUGGUUCCUGUCACCCUGGGGCAGCUGAGAACUAGAGAUGGCCUUCAUCUAAGGGUGAAGGAGCCAGGAUCUUCCUCUGGAAACUGCUUUUCUGAAGACAGCCCUCUUCCUUCUUGGUCUUCCUUUCUAGCCAAACCUUUUUAGGAAACAGCCACACUUUCCUGGUCUGUCAGAGUGACCAACACGGCCCCUCUCCUGGACACUGUAUUGUAAUAUAGCCUAAAUUUGUGGCUGACACCAGAUUUACUGUGGACCUUCAGUCUUCCUGGGCUGCCCUGCUCCCUGCCUUGUCUUUUUUUUUUUUUUUUUUUUUUUUUUUUUUUAAUAUUUUGAGGUAGAGAGAAAGGGUGUGAGCAUUGGAGGGGCACAGAGAGAGGGAGAGAGUCCCAAGCAGGUUCCAUGCUGUCAGUACAGAGCCCGAAGGGGGCUUGAUCUCACGGUCCAUGAGAUCAUGACCUGAGCCAAAAUCAAGAGUUGGACACUUAACCGGCUGAGCCACCCAAGCGCCCCCUGCCUUGUCCUUAAUCAACCUUCCUUAAGGCCCUUUGUCCACCUUCCUUUUCCUGUCCCACUCUUCUCCUCCUUCAUCCCAUCCUCCUCCCCCUCCUCUUCUGGUGGCAGUAUGGAGGUGAGUGCCUGGGCUGUCUUCAGCUCUGGGGACCCUUUGAGGUCACUUGCACACAGGACUUGGGGGUGACUGUGGAAGACAAAGGUCUGGGGGCCCAAACCCCGGGAAACCCAGAGUGCCAAGUAUUUCUGUAUCCUUAUGUUGGCAGAUCAUGUUUUUCUCCCUUUAGUACAUAAAAUGUGACACAGAGGAAGGGGCACAGGAGAGGAGGAGAGACAUGGGAGAGAAAGCCUGGGAAAGAGGAGGCAGCAUGUGGGUGUGGAAGGAGCUGGGACCACAGCUGUUUUGUGACAAAACAUGUGGGAAGCUGGCCAGGCCGCUUUCCUCCUGAGACUUUCCCUAUUUUAAAUGGGGAUAAUUGCAGCUUUUCCUGUUCCCUGGGUUUACAGCAAGAAGUCCCUGAGGCCACAGAGGUGGAGGCACUGAGGAAAUGUUGAGGGGAUGUUAUUGGGGGAGAGAGGGCUGGUAGCAUUGACUUAAGCAGCCAGGGCUGGAGGCCGGACAAAGCCCAGGACCCCCGGCUCUUGGUCUCUAAGGUCCCACUGGCCUGAAGGCCCUGUGACCAGUGGGCCUGGUGUUCCCGUCCAGGCUGGCUAAGGGGCUGUACGUGAACACUCAGCCCACUGUGUGUCAUUUCGUACCCAGGCAGGGCCUACCUUCAGUGUAGAUGAUCUCAUGGACACUGUCUUCUCCUGUAGAUGCAUCUCGAUGUAAAAGGUCACUAGCUCCUCAAGCCAGGGGAAGUGUGUCGGGCUCUUGGCACAUCUGGGUGCACCUCUUCCUCCCACUGCCCAUCUCCAGGGGCAACAGGUGGAGGGCUGGCAGUGGAGGGCAGUCUCUGGGCUGUCAGCAGCCCUUCUGGGGACAAACGGGCUCACAUUCCCAGAGCACUGAAGGGACGGCUCUAGCUGUACGUCCUGGGCCACACUGCGGAGUCCUGUCUUGAAAACGCCAAGUCUCCUGGGUCCCUUCUCUCCCUGACAAUGUGCCGACUGAGCCCGUCGCCUGUGGCUCUGGUCCUUGCCACUGACAAAGCCUGAGUGCUCCGAGACGGUCAGGUUGGGGAGGACGGCAGCUCUGCUCCACGCAGACCUCCCAGUGAGAGCUCCAAGGUCCUGGGGUCUGGUGAUGGCCAAAUACAGCCGCUUCACCACUCUCCCCUUUUGCCCCUGGAGCAGCCGCUUUAUCUGGAGACUAAGCAGAAGGCUGCCUGUGCGCAGUAAGCAAAUCGGUAGAGGGAGUGCCGGAGGGACCCUCUGCUGUCCCUUCUCUGUGUGUGCUCCCCACGGCCCAGCAUGGGGUGUGAAAGCACUCCACCAGCUGCGUGUUCCUUUUAGGAAUGCCACUUCGGCGGUUUCUGGGACGCCCUCCUUCAAACUGCACAUACCAUAAGAAGGAGCACUGGGUGGUGAGCUCGCACCCUUGGAAGUCAGCCCACCUGGAGGCAGCCUCAAACUUUAGCUUGUUUAAGAAUCGCCUGGAGUCACCUGGGCCCUGGCUAGAGACGACAAGCUAAGAAAGACAUUUUGAGAACUGGGGAAAUACGAAUGUGGGCUAUAUGAUGAUAUUAUUCAAUUAUUGUUAACAUUUUCUCAAACGUGAAAAUGGCAUUGGAGUUAUAGAGGAGAAUGCUCUUGUUCUCUGGAGAUGCAGCUGAGGUAUUUAGAGGCGAAGCACUGUGGUGUCUGUAGUUGGCCCUGAAUGGUUCAAACACACACACACACACACACACACACACACACGUGUGCACAUUAGCAAAUAUGGCAAAUGGUAGUAACUGUUGGAUGUAGGUGGUGGGUACCUGGGUGGUCAUCUUCCUUUUUCAGCUGUGUGUGUGUCUGUGUGUGUGAUUGAAAAUGAUCAUAAUACAAAGUUAGGGGCAAAAAUCACAUGAGCAUCUGUUUAAAAUUCCAGCACCCAGCCUCAGAGCUCACUUUUAGGAGGCCCAGGUAGCACUCAGGAUGGGGAUUUGAGCAAGCUCCCCAGGUCCUUCUGAUGCAAACCACUUGACCUUCAGAAACCACUGCAGAAACACGGCUCUGAGAGCCUGGGGUCUCGAGGUGGAAACCCCAGCCCCAAAGCAUGGUGGCUCCAGAGCAGGUGCAGCAGUUGGACGGGUGAAAGCAGCAUGCUGAGCAGUAG